AUGCAACUCAAAGUCGGAAAUCGUUUUUUGGAACGCUUUCCCCCAACUAACCUAUCGUAUGAAGUUAUAAUCACAUCAGUGGAUACAGAUCGAGACUGUGUGAGGAUUCAUUAUCAUGGUUGGAGUGCAAGAUGUGACACAGAGCGAACAUUUAAUUUUUGCGAGACAAACUGGAUUCCAUGCACAGCUGCCGCGCUCAAGAACGCCAAAGAGGCUCAAAAAGAAGGGGCUAAGCGACAACAAGAGAUAGCUGCAAAAAAGAAAGCUAAAACCCAAGAAAAAGCAACGCCACGCCACGCCAUAGAAGCUGUGAAAAGAAAGGGAAGGCCACGCUCACAAACGGAAGUUGAGAAAGCAAGUGCAACGCCACGCUUGCAAACGGAAGCUGUGAAAAGAAAGGCAAGGCCACGCUCACAAACGGAAGUUGGGAAAGGAAGUGCAAAGAAACGCUUGCAAACGGAGGUGAUCAACAAAGUUAUCGGGAAGCGAAAUGACACGAAGAUUCCACGAAGCAAAUCGUUGACCAAUAUCACUCCAGCCACUACAAUAACAAAUAACGUUUCGUUGCCUAGGCAAAUCUUUCUGCAGAUGCAAGAAGUGAUGUGGUCACCAAUUCUUCGCAACCAUACGAUUGACGCGACUCUGCGUGAGUAUCUCAGGACAUAUCAUUACCUUGCAAAAGAUGAUCAGGAAAAGGCAGGAGCUGCACAAAUGCUCGUGGACAUGUUCGACGUGCAUUGUUACGAGAUCCUCUCGAAGGCCGAGGCCGUUAGCUACUUUCAAGCCGUAACCAAAAGCGAAUUCUUUUUUCCGUCGAGUUACUUUGGGUCAGAACAUCUUCUUCGUUUCAUCGCCACGCAGCUCACGUUUGUCAUGGAAAACGAUAAGAAUUGGACUAACGAGAAGAAAGCGAGCGUUUUUAUGAAUAUGUCACACUUCGUGAAGUUUAUGAAUGAGAACGGCGGCAGGUACGUCGAUCAGGCUCAGGCCCUUGGAAACGUUAAAUCGCAAGAGGAAACGCAAAAACCUAAACAAAAAGUCACUUUUUGGUUGAAUGCUCAU